CUAGUGAAUAUGAACAGAACAAGUCGUCCAACUGUCGCCGGUUAUGCGACUCAGCCAAUAACCAGAUUUUAGCCGAUAGAUCAGUCAAAAAUUCUCCCUCCCUUCCCUUUGGCUUAGCUUAGAAUAGACACCUUGUUAGUAAAUAUUUGUCAAACAAGUUUAUCACACAGCUUUUAAACACUUGAGAAACGGAAUCCGGGAAGCGAUCAUUGAACCGAUCCGUGGAGCUAAUACGUGGGUAAUAUUCAACUAAAUGCUGUUGUGGUUAAGUGUGGUAACCGCAUUGGCCUAGUCUGGAAUUAGCCACAGGAUUGGAAGUAGACGACAACGGUUGGUCGAAUAAGAGUUAAAAGAGUUAAGGUGUGGCUUGCCUCAUUCUACCGUUCCAUGCUCAGAGAAGACGAAAAGCGCGAACAUUAUUAAAUCGAGCUUUAAAUCGAAAGAAGAUUCAAAAAGACCAAGAUGGAGUGCAGACACGUGAACAGACUGUGCAUGUUCCCCCUGAAGAACCAGAGUGUGGUGAGUCCUAGGGAGUGGAUCUGUGGUGUGGAGCAGUGUGCAGUCACCACAGAGAGUGUGUGGGCAUGUCUCUCAUGUCCCAGUGUGGCCUGUGGCAGGAGAGUGGAACAGCACGCACUCAAACAUUUCCACAAGACCACCCAUCCACUCGCAAUUGAGGUCAACGACCGAUUUGUGUUCUGCUACGUGUGUGACGACUAUGUACUCAAUGACAACGCAGCUGGUGACCUGAAGAUCAUCAGGAACAUCCUGGAGUCCCAGCAGACUCAGUUGUUCGCAGUGUGUGAAACACGAUCCGGACGAGUCCUCAGAUCCGUCAGACCCAGCCAUUCCGAAAUAAAGGGCCAGAAGAAGAAAAUCAAAGAAGAAGAUAAGAUGCUGAAUGCGUUGAGACAGUGGCGAGUAUCCUCCAUUCAAAGACAUUACUAUAUAUGGAAGGAAAGUACGACAUUCCAGAAACACAAAAGAAAGCUCGAAAAGCUUAACAAGACGCCUCCUGUAUCACCGCCCAGUGGUCGUCUAGCCGAGCUACUGAAAUCGAAGAAAAGAAAAAAUAACUCGCCAGAGAAUGAUGACUUACCAUUGUCAUCCUUGAAAUCGUCUAUUGGUCGACCUCCAUCAAAGAAAACGAAAACCGAGACCUCAGAUUCAGUUGAAAUACCACGAAAGAGGCCUAAAAUUGCUUUAACUCCAGGAAUCCUUGGACUGCGGAACUUGGGUAACACGUGCUACUUGAACUCAAUUCUGCAAGUGCUGGGUCAUCUUUUGCCAUUCACUGAGUUUUUCCUCCGUCUUAACAUAUCUGGAUUCUCCAAUCCACCUCAGUCGCCAACUCCGCUGAACAAACACGAUGUACUACCAGUGAGUCCUUUGAGUCCACUGGCUACAGCUCUCGAAGAAGAACUAGCGAAGUUAACCGCUGAAACCGAAGAAUCAAUGUGUUCGUCUAGCAUUACAUCGUCCAUACGAAAACGAAGAAUAAAACGAAUGUCGACUUCAGAAUGUUAUCAACUCGUUAGUCGCAAAACAUGCAACGGUCUUGAAGGUGGAUCAACUUUGUCGUCAGUAUUACGUCAUAGUAUCGCGACAGAUUCGGCUGCUGUCUCUUUGGACAACUCGGAAACGUGUUCGGAAGUUGACGAAGAGUCUAGCGAAGUCGUUUUAUCCGAGGAGUUACAUGCCUUACUUCGGGUUAUGUGGGCAGGGAAGCAUCAUUUAGUGGCGCCUUUUGGCCUCUUACACAGCGUGUGGAAAACGAUUCCGUUUCUGAGGGGUCACGCACAACAAGAUGCUCAAGAGUUUCUUCAGGUGUUUCUUGAUCGAAUAGAGCGUGAAUUAAUUGGUUAUUCGCCUAGCGUUAAAUACAAGUUGGAAGAUCUUUUCUACGGCGAAAUAGCUAGCGAAGUCAGCUGUCUUAAGUGUAACUCAGAGAAUAAAGUUCUGGAAAGGUUCUCAGACCUACCACUGGAGUUCCCAGAAAGGUUUCAAAGCAGCCGAUGUUCAAAAAUGGAGUCUUGUAAUGUCUAUGAAAUGUUGGCUCAGUUUACAAAUACUGAGUCUUUGGGACGAGUGUAUAGUUGCGAGUUCUGCAAAUCGAAUCAACGUCUUAGACGGAAACAGAUUCUUACAGACGCAGAGAAGCGACUCGUUUUUACCAAGUUACCUCUAAUUCUCACUGUUCACUUCAAACGGUUUCGGUGGUUUGGGAGAACGGGACGUGAAAAGAUCAAUGCUCACGUUGAUUUCCCGUUCGAGUUGGACCUUUCGGAAUAUAUGGGAAAAGAUCUCGGAGAACAUGCUACCUAUACUCUACAAGCAGUUGUGAGACACCAUGGCAGUGGCUUUACAUCUGGACAUUACACAGCUUACUGCUGGAACUAUACUUCACAAUUUUGGGUUCACUUCAACGAUGCAAAACCAGAAAGAUGCACGGAAGAUGAUAUCAAACACACUCAAGCGUACAUUCUUUUCUAUGUAAAAAGAAAUGUGGAUUUCCAAAAACUGGGGUUUAAAGUUCUGAAUAUAGUCGAGAACUCAAAUUGAACUGAACGUUUAUUGAUUUGUUAUAAAUGCGGGAGAAGUAAGUGAUUUCCAAAUAUUUUCGUAUCAAAUAUCUUGUCUUUGAUUCCUUUUUAGUUCUGUAAGAUUAAUCGCUUUCUUUAUUUUUGUGCAUUUAAUGUCUUAACCUAAUUUUAUGGUGAAUUCUUAUGAGUUUUUCACAAAUGUGGCAAUAGGUCUCAUU